GGAACUAGUGUGCUUGUAUCAAUGAAGGAUACUUUUCUUCGAGGGCCUUUUUAUAAAUACAUAGAAAAAGAUACCUUCUCCUUCUCAAAGUAGUGUUGCUCGGCUGGCUGCUUCCCUUCUUGUCGUCGGCUACAUGCAUACAAUUAUUUACAGUAGAAAAUUGACAACGAUAAACGAUUCACUAGUUUUCCCCCAAAAUCUGAGCAGAAAAGAAAACAGAUUAAACCCUAUUAUUUUUUCCGAAAUCUAAACAGAAAGCAGAACUUUCCUGUCCGUCUCUCCUCAUAUUCACAUCUCAUGGCUGAACUGGAUCAGAAUUUUGAACUGGGACAUCCUCGUGAACUUGAAUACCUACCUGAAAAUGAACAUGAGCUUGAACAAGUACAUGAACCUGAGUAUGAACCAGUCCAUGAGAACGAGCUUGUACAAGUACACGAACAUGAGCUGGAACAAGUAAAUGAACAUAAUCUCGAACAUGUACAUGAACAUGACCUCGAACAUGCACACGAACAGAAUGCAAAAGAAGAUGCAACACCAGAGAUCUCACAUCCUGAUCAUAAGCAGAACAUUACAGAUGCACCAGUUGCAGGAGGUGGGGAAAAAUGGCCUGGAUGGCCUGGGGAGAGCGUUUUCAGGAUGUUGGUGCCUGCACAGAAGGUGGGAAGUAUAAUUGGACGUAAAGGGGAGUAUAUAAAGAAAACAUGUGAAGAGACAAAAGCGCGGAUUAAGAUUCUUGAUGGUCCUGCUGGAAUGAGAGAAAGAGCUGUAAUGAUAUCUGCUAAAGAAGAUCCUGAUUCACCGCUUCCUCCUGCCAUGGAUGGUCUUCUUAGGGUUCAUAAGCGUGUUUUGGAAGGACUGGAAAAUGAAUCUUCUAAUCCUUCAUCAGGUUCAGUAGGAAAGGCCUCAACCAGGCUUCUCGUACCAGCGGCCCAAGCUGGUAACUUGAUUGGGAAACAAGGCACAACAGUCAAAUCUGUUCAAGAAGAAUCUAACUGCAUUGUUAGGGUUCUUGGAUCAGAAGAGCUACCGAUUUUUGCUCUUAAAGAUGAUAGAGUAGUAGAAGUAGUAGGGGAGCCUUCAAGCGUACUUAAGGCUGUCGAACUAAUUGCAUCUAAUUUGAGAAAGUUUUUGGUUGAUCGGAGCAUUAUAUCAGUAAUUGAAAUGCAAAUGCAGAAGCCACCCAAUUCACAGCAGAUGGACCACAUGCCGCCGCCUCCUCAGCACUGGGGCCCACCUCCUCAAUCUUUCCCACAACAUGGUCAUCCAGGAUAUGAGCCGAGCCCUCAUUUCAUGCCUCCUCCUAGGCAGUUUGACAACAAUUAUCCCUUGGCUGAUAUGCAGCCUCCACUUGAAAAGCAACCUCAUCAGGGGAUAUCUGCUUAUGGAAGAGAAGCUCCAAUGCCGGUUCAUUCAUCGUCCGCUCAGGCAGCUUCUUCAGUGAUCACUCAGGUAACGCAGCAAAUGCAAAUCCCACUCUCUUAUGCUGAUGCUGUCAUUGGCGCACAAGGUUCAAGUAUAAGUUACAUUCGGCGGGUGAGUGGUGCUACAGUUACUGUACAAGAAACUAAAGGAGUACCUGGGGAGAUGACGGUUGAGAUUAGUGGAACUGCUUCUCAAGUACAAACUGCUCAGCAGCUGAUUCAGAAUUUCAUGGCUGAAGCGGCGGGCCAACCUCAGACACAGCAUACUCAAUCAACCGAUUACAACUCUUACGGAGUUCAUGGCUCGGUUUACACAUCUCUCCCUACUAAUCAUAAUCACCCACCCCAAACAGGUGGUUAUGGCUCAGCUUAUGGAACCAAUUAUGGCUACUAAAUGUCCAAUGUCAGUUUUCCUUCACAACUAUAAAUUAUACCAAAUGGCAGUAAGCUGCUUGAUUUCUUAAUUAGUUUAUUUACGAAAGUGAGCCUGAGAGAUUCUAGAUACAAGAAUUCAUAGUUGUUAGAUCCACCACUUCAUCACAUGUCUUAUUUUUAUUUGGUUAUUUUGCCUUUGUGUAUUAGAUGUUAUAAUGGGUAUAAAAGUGAUUUCUUAAUUUGUCCGAUGCAAAUCUAAAAGUGUGCAUCUUGCAGGCACGUGCCAUGCACUAUUUUAGCCUAUGUAUAUAUUUUCCCCUGAUGUUU